AUGCGCGUUUCCACAGUGGCUACUGCUGCCCUGGUCGCAGGUUCGACUCAGGUGCAAGCUGCUCCCACUUUCGGCCUGGCCUUCGGUCUUCUCAAGGGUCUCACCACUGCCGUCCACACCGAUAUCAACCUCCUUCUGGGCUCUCUCGGUGUCGGCUUCCAAAGUAACGCCAACAUUCACGGUCAAGCUCUUGGCUACGGCGGUGUUGGCUGCNCCUUCUCUCUCGGCAGCCAAGCUGGUGUCUCUGUGAACGCUGGUCUUCACGGCGGUCUCUCGCACAACAUCGGCUUCUCUGCCGGUGUUAACGGCGGUGCUUUUAUCAACUGGAGAAACUUCAAGGCCAACGGUGUCACGCUCAGCGGAUGGCUCGUCCAGGACAAGUCUCUCGACCUCGACUGGUGGAACAAGUACGGUUCUGACUGCGACGACGAGUGGUCUUUGACUGCUAAGCUCGGUGCUAAGGCCGGUUCUGUCCUCGAGGCUCGCUAUGCUUCAUACAUCACUACUGGCUACAUCGAUUCGCUCGCUGCUGCUGGUAUCAACCUUCUGAGAAUCCCUACCCACUACUCUGCCUGGGUAUCUGUCCCUGGAUCCGGUCUUUACCACGGUAACCAGCAGGCUUACCUCAAGACCAUCUGCCAGUACGCCAUCCAGCGUCACGGUAUGCACAUCGUCAUUGGUCUUGACUCUCUUCCCGGCGGUGUCAACGGUCUUGCCUCUGGCGAGCGUAUCGGUGCCACUGGUUGGUUCAACUCUGCCGAGAACCUGUCCUACUCCUUCAAGGCCAUUGAUGCCAUCCUCGGCUUCAUCUCUGCCACUGGCCACCUCAACGCCUUCACCGUCUCUCCCAUCAACGAGCCUUGCGAUGUUACUGCCAACUUUGCCGCAGCCGGUGGUCNNUCUCUCGGCGCUACCAACUUCAUCAACACCUACGUUCAGGGUGUCAUGAAGAAGAUCGGUCAGCUCGAUGCUCGCAUUCCCUGCAUGAUUCAGGACGGUUUCCUUGGCCACGACUACUGGGCUCCCUUCUUCUCUGCUGGUGCCAACAUUGUCAUUGACUCUCACAUUUCUUUCUCGGGUGCCAUUGGCAGUGGAAUCUCUGCCGGGAUUGGUGCGAGUUUGAAUGCAGGAGCAAAUGUCAAUGCAGGAGCAAAUGUCAAUGCAGGAGCAAAUGUCAAUGCAGGAGCAAAUGUCAAUGCUGGAGCAAAUGUCAACGCCGGAGCAAAUGUUGGAGCAGGAGUUUCUGCCGAUGCCUCUCUCAAGGACUCCAAGCUCUCCGCCCACCUGAUCGCCCCCAGCGUCUGCAAGCAAGCCUCUCUCCUCAAGGGUUCCGGCAAAUUCCCCGUCUUCGUCGGCAGCUACGGUAUCCAAGCCCAAGAAGGCAACACCCUCUCUGGCCGCAAGACCAUCUACAACACCCAGAAGUACGCCUAUGCACAGAACCUGUCCGGUGGCUGCUUCAACCACGCAAAGGCAAACUCGAACAGCCUUUCCGUCUCUGGCGAGGGCUGUGCCUCUGACUACAACUCUUUCCAGAGCUUGAUGUCUGCCAAUGUGGCUACCAAGAACACUGAGUCUUGCUACUGCUAG